AUGGCCUCAUAUAUUUCUGUCAACCCUCCCUUUCCCUACAUCAACCAUGCAACUCCGGUCCCGCUGCCCACCUACGACGAGAUUGUUGCCCUGGGCAGCCAACCAUCUGCACAAAUGAACAUCCCAGCGGGGCAAGUACCAGGCCCAACAGACCGUAGCAUCGUAAAGAUCGGUGAGCACUUCGUAGUGAAAUACGGAAAAGGGGUCGACCUGAUCGAAGGAGAGAACAUGCUAACAAUCCGCAGGCUCACCAACAUCCCCAUCCCGACGCUCUACGCCAUGUGCCAACACAGCAACGGCGACAAAGUCAUCAUCAUGGAGUACGUCGAGGGGGAAUCGCUGCGCAACGGCUGGAACGGAUUCACUGACCUGCAGAAAGCAUCGAUGGGAGCGCAAUUACGGUCGCACUUGAAGGAGCUGCGAAACAUCCCCACCGACGGCUACUACGGACUUCCCGGCGGAAGGCCGUAUCUGCCACAGUCCUGGAUGUUUAAACACCCCGCUGGGCCCUUCGCAACAGCCGCGUUGGCACUCCGCCUGAGGCUUCAGCGCUUGAAGGCGGAACUGGUCGAGCUGUCCAAGGGCUGUGACGCCUCGGUGUUCACCCACGCGGACCUGCAGCCGCAGAACAUCCUCUACUUUGAGUUCUUCAUGUACCGGACUUAUGAGAUGGCGACCUGGGGUUUACCUGCUGGGAGUGACGACCCUAUUCUGAGGUUUGGGCCGAUCGUCAAGAAGAUCUUCCAGGUUUGGCAGACAUAUGCGGACCUGAAGAAGGAAACGCAGAAGGAGGUUUGA